AUGUGCUUCCAGGGCAGCGGAGACGCCCACGCUCGUUGCCUGCAUCGUUGGCACCAUGAGAAGGGGCUGGGCACUGCUGAAAUAGAUAUCAGGUUAAUGCCAGAGGAGACAAGCGCCUGGCGGCAGUCGCUGACGGUGGUGUCACGGUCCUGGCCUCCUUGCCCUGACUCAGGGCGGCCAUCGGCCCUGUGGCCAUCAUGCACUCCGUCAUGUCACAUCCCUGCCGAGCGGGGAGCCACAUGGCUGCUGCUGGCGACGGGCACUGAUGGCAGCUACCUGCUGCGGGACAGCGAGAGCAUCCCAGGAGUCUACUGCCUCUGUGUGCUGCAUCAGGGUUAUGUUUAUACCUACAGAGUGUCCAAGACAGAAACUGGGUCCUGGAGUGCUGAGACAGCACCUGGGGUCCACCGGAGGCUCUUUCGGAAAGUCCACAACCUCAUUUCUGCCUUCCAGAAACCCGACCAAGGCAUCAUAACACCCCUGCAGCACCCAGUCAUCAACCAUGCGAAAGUCAAAUACCCGCCAGGGAGAAGUGACGGUCAUGACUUCCACCUGCAGCCAUCAUGA